CGUGUUGCAUCCCAGAAAACCGGUUGGUCGACGUCAACGUCAUGCCAUCCUCAGCAACUCUCCCGUCAUUUGCAACGACCAGAACUUCUCUCCCAGGCCCCGAUCAGAAUCAAUUAAAUCCUCCAGCGUGUACUAGGGACUCUCUCGUCUGGCUGCAAAGUCAAUUGAUUGAUCGCCUUUGGUCUGUCCUGCUCGACAGCAGCCAUGUCGUCCUGUUUCGGCCGCCGCAAGUCCCCGCGGGGAGGUGAUACCGAACCACUCCUCCCCCGCUACGAGGAUGAGACCGUCCUCCAGCGUCGGGUUCAUCAGAAGUUGCACUCCUAUCAGAUGCUCCGUGCCCUCGCGGAGGGUUAUAUGCCAUCCACCGAGCAGACCAUCGCCAACCUCCGCACCCUGCUUGCCUCCGACGUCCUCAAUCCCAACCCAGACGAGGUCAGUCCCGCCGGACGUCAACUGACCCGCGACGCCAAGCUCGGUAUCCGGACCUUCAUCGAGCUGCUGCGGGACAAGAACAGUCAGGAUCAGUUGCAGGACUUUCUCUGGCAUCUUUCCAAGUCGCGCGCCCAGCUCGACACCGGCCGUCUGACCCAUCAGGCCUCGCGGAUCAAGCACCAGACAGAUGUCAAAGCAGCGUACGAUAGCAUUCGGACCGUUGGAGGCCUUCUGAUGACCAAUGCGGAUUUCCGUCUGUUUGUGGACGACCUCGCUACCGUCGGACGCCAGAUCUUUUCAGACACGGCCUUUUCUCUCGCGGAUACCGCUCGAGAAGUCGGCAAGGAGGUCAAACCGUCACAAGCCGAAUUGGAGACCGUCCAAGGCCCUGGCUCCGAUGAGGCGCCACCACCCUCCACCGAGGAGAUCCGCGCGGAGGCUACAGAGAUUGCCAAACUCACCGGCAAUGGGGUAGCGCAAACGGGAAAGACCGCCGUCAGAAGCGCAGAAGAGAAUCUCUCGGGAGAGCGGCGGGAGACGCUGUUCUACCGCCUGAAGCAGGUCGUGGGGAACCUACGCCAACGGACAGAUUACGCCGACUCCGUAUCUACGAUCUCGAAGCUGGUGCAGCAGUAUGCCAAGCUCUACUCCGGAGCGGCAGAGAACACCGUGGAGGCGGUCCAAGAGGAUGUAGAGCUGAAUGAGGACGUUCGCGAGGCGGUGGAACGAUUCUGGACCCUGGUCAGCUCCUUUGGCAACCCGGAUGACUGGAAGCGACUGCGGGAACAGUUCAACGCUCUAUUGAGCCACACUCAGAAGGAUCCAGAGUUCGAGAAGCUCAUGUCUGAGAUCGGAUCAUCCUUGCAGGAGAUGCUGACAGACCCUGGCUUUUUCGAUUCGGCCGAGGAGAAGGUGGAAGAAUUGAAGGAGAAGUCGAAGAGCAUCGGUUCGGACACGGGCAUCCGUCAGGAUGUCGACGCUUUCCUGCAGCAGGCCAAGAGAACCCUCAAGAGUGUGGCAGACGAUGAAGCGGUCGCAAAGUCCAUUGCCGCGACGAAGAAGAUCUACCACGAUGUGUCGGACGCCUUCAACAGCAAAACAAGCAUGCUGUCCUCCGAUCUCGUCCAUGUCUUUCUGCCGCUGCUGAUCCGCAGUGUCCAGCGAAUUCCCAUCCCGAGACUCGAGAUCUCGGUUCCUGAAAUGGAUCUGCUGGUCGAAAACCUAGUGCUCGAACCCGGCCGUACCGUCCGCAAUUCGUCCUUCCUCCCGUUCAAAUCGCAUCUGAGCACCCGCAAUGAUAUUGAACUGGUCAAGACGCAUUCCAAGAGGACGACCACCAACAUGAAGACCAACUUCACUCUGUCGAUCUUUGGUCUCAGCAUGGCUGCGUCAGAGUUCGGAUACUGGCUGCGUGCCCAUUCCGGGCCUUUUCUCCGUCUGAAGGACGAGGGUAUCGCAAGCUUCUACCUGGACGAGCGCGGUAUCGACAUCUCCGUCGAUGUCGAAGUUGGUCGCGACCAUCUGGAACAUAUCUUCACCCUGCGUGGUGUUCGCGUCCACAUCCACAAGCUGAACUACAACGUGCGCCGUAGUAAGUGGAGCUUCCUGCUCUGGCUUGUCAAGCCCUUCCUCAAGCAACUCGUGCGCCGCGUGCUGGAGAAGAAGAUCGCAGAGCAGAUCGUGACCGCGGCUCGCGCCCUCAACCGUGAGCUGGUCUUUGCUCGAGAGCGGCUCCGAGCUACCAGAAUUGCGGACCCGCAGGAUUUGGCUACCUUCAUCAGAGCGGUCACGGCACGGCUGAAGCCAAGAGCGGACCCAGAUGUAUACACCCGAAUUGGCGCGGAUGCUCCAGACACUGGCGUUUUCCAUGGUGUAUACGCACCGGGCAGCAUCGUCAAGCUGUGGCACGAAGAGGCCGAGCGAGCACACGACGCCGUGGAGCAUGGAGAUGCCAGUGGUGGGUUGGGUAUGACAUGGCGGAACGAUAUUUUUGACGUUACAGGCACUCCAGCAUGAUGGCCUGAUGCCGGGAUGACACUUAUGACGGUCUUUACCUUGAUGACGCAUACGCUCCUUCUGGACUCUUCACGACGUUCUUCUCCUCUGUUCUUCUCAUUUCUGUUUUUUCCUGAGGGCGUAAAUUGCAAAUAUCGUACAUUAAUCUCGAUAGGAUUCAAUUUUAUACCAGCACCUAAUUUAACCUGUGCACAGUCAUAUCAUAAUUGCAACGACAUACGAAACAUCCUCUCAAUCUCAUAUAAUCAACGCCCUACGGCGUCUCCUCAACCUUAUAGACCAACUUUACUCCAGACACCUUAUUCUCCCUCAUAAGCUGCAACCC